GUUAGCUAGCGGUAGCAUUAGCCAUGGCUGCAGUUAGCCGGUAGAAGAAACCCGCAUCAUCAUCAUCCUCAUCACCAGCAUCACCUCACACACUAUGACAUAAAAGAAGUAAACUGUACGAGCCAACGGAGAGGAAGACCUCUGACACCAGUUAAAGAUGAGCCGCUUCUGCUCAGACAACAACAACUUUCCCUACGACAACAACGUCCUGGUUUUGGACAUGGUGCUGGGCUCUCUGUGGGGAGUACCCCAGCCCAUAAACUGGGACAAUGUGGCCAAGCUUGUGCCGGGCUUCACUCCUAAGGAGUGUGCCCGUCGAUUUGAGGAGCUGAAGACCACCGGUGGGUUUCCUCAUGUGGACAAUGAAUGUAAUGCACUGACAGAAGGACAUAACUCGUCUUCAGAUGGCCUGCCCACACUGCUGGACACUGGGGAGGUGGUGGAGACAGGAAACAGCCAGAGCACCAGCAAAACCACAGUAGUGUCCAAAUCAGCAUCUUCUGGAAGGGUGGAUGUUGUGGAGAAGAAAGAGAAAAGAGUCUCUUUAGAGGAGGAUAACAAACCUCAAAAGCCACGGGAUCCCAACAUGGUCAUCCAUGUGUGCGAUGAGACCAAGAACCUGAAGCAGGACUUCACCUGUCCCAGAGACCUUCUGGUCAAAGAGAUGCGUUACUUUGCUGAGUAUCUGUCCGUGGAUCCGCAGCGGUGGGAGGAGGUGGACAUCUCGGUCCACUGCGACGUUCAGAUCUUCGACUGGCUCAUGAACUAUGUCAGGAGGAACUCAGCAGGAGAGGGAGCCAAGGACAAACCCCGGCUCGAGCCCAGCAAUGUGAUCUCAAUCCUGAUCUCCUCCGAGUUCUUGAAGAUGGAUACGUUAGUGGAGGAGUGCAUCCAGUACUGCCACAAACACAUGAGCGCCAUCGUGGCCACGCCCUGCAACAUGAACUGCAUCAACAGUAACCUGGCCACUCGGAUUGCAGAGCUGUUCAACCACAACGAGGCCGACGACAUCAGGGAUAAAAAGGACAAGUUUAAAAGCAAAUUGUUCCAGAAGAAAAUUGAGCGUCUGUUCGAUCCAAACUAUAAGAGCAGGGAUUCACCAGGAAACGCCUCGACUCUCUACAGGUGUGGUCUGUGCCUUAAGCUGCUCACCAAAGACACAGAGAGGAAGAUCUCCUGUGUUCCAGGGAAAAUUAAUGUUGAUGCCCGAGGAGAGAUCAUCUAUUCACAUGUCAGACAGAAGAGCUGGGAUGUGCAUGAAUACAUCACAGACCUGUAUGAGGAGCUCAAGUCCUGGGUUCUGGUCUACUGGAGAAUCUGGGGAACCAUCAACUACCUUACCUGCUCCAGAUGCCAGCAGGUGUUUGUGUGUGCGGAGCUGACCCACUGCAGAUACCACCCUGAUAGUGUGUUAUACCCUGGUUUGGGAGCAGAGAAAGGAUGGCAUGGUGCAGGAAUCUACCCCUGCUGCAACCAGAGGGUUUUACGUUUUGAUCCCACUGGUAUGCCCAAGGGCUGUAAGAUGCGGGACCACAUAGUGAGCGUCCCUGAUGAGGAGAACUGUGACGAGGAGACUUCAGUCCAGACCAGAGUCCUGAACGACCUGCUUCUGCACCGAGACGCAGUGUGUAUAACCCACACAGCGUCUGCAGAGGGUGCCGAGGAAAGUCCGUCAAGCUCAGAGAAGGUUCAGGACUGCGAUGUCCUCCUGGAGCCGACCCUCGUUGGACCGCUCAGAGGAGACGGCAGCACUUUUUCCCUUUUGAAAAACUGGAGUCUUCAACUGAGGCAGCAGUCUCUCCUAUCAGAAGAUGAGGAGUACACCACGGGGUCAGAGGUCACCGAAGACGAGGUGGGGGACGAGGAGGAGCUGUCUAAAAAGCAAGCUGCUAAGAAGGCCAAAAAGGCUCACAGACCUCUGAAAAAACAACUGUCCUCUCCGAACUUCCAACGCAAAGAGAAACAGGAGAAAUCACAGACAAGAGACAGCACGCCAUUCACGGUGAGCGUUCAGAAAAGUAAGUGGGACAGUUCUCGCUCCAUGCGCUACAACCAGGAUGCUCAGAGAGAAGAAGAUCAGCGCCGCAUGGUGGAGAUCGUCGGCUACCUGACGAAGAUGAGGUUUGGAGAGCAGGAGCAGAGCAAGUCCAAGGACACAAAAGAGCCAGCAGGAGGCAUCUACUCCAGACUUGAAGCCCAGUUUAAAAGCUCCUCUCAAGCCAGACAGCCUUCAGAGAAGACCCCCAGAUCUAAAAUCCGCUACGCUCAGAUCAGGACCACCUAGACGAAGCCAUGGAAAAGCAAUGGAGAUCUCCAGGGGUGAGAAACAGAGCGUCCCACCUGCAGCCCUUCCAGCACGGACACGCCCACCUACACCCCCCCCUCGCCCCCAUCCCUCCUCCCCUCUGCGUCGCUUCCCUCUGUGCUUAUCUCAGGUGAAUACGAAUGGAUCACCGUCUACUGCACUCAGCUAGCUGUGUACGUCUGCAGUGUCUGGAAUCAGCCGAUGCACUUUGACUCACGGACCUCUGCGUUUGGACCUGGACGAAUCAAAAACAAGACGACGGGAGGAAUUAUAGUCUCAAGUAGAGCCAGUUUAGCAACAACGUCCCUGACCACCCGGUAAUCCUCGUGAUAAUAGACACAACAGUAGUUCUAACUGACCACACAGCUGGUUUUAGCUACGUCACUAUAUCGUACUGACUUUAGCGCUUGUUGUCUGAUGUUACACCCCAAUGUACGGAUCAGACAAAUGUGAAAAAUUAUUUACGAAUACCCCCCUCCUUCCCAGUUCUGGUGGACCUAUAGUCAUUCCUUGUUGUGCUGGAAUGUGACAGCACUUGGACCAAUAAAACCUGAAUGAAUGAAUGAAUAUAUGAAUGAAGGAGCGAAUGAA